AUGGCAGCAGAUCAAUCAACAGAAGGAGAAACUGUCUGCAUCUCAAACUAUACCAAGCCAGAUGUGAUCAGGAAUCUCACAGUAAACAACAUCACAACAUCAUCUGUGUUUCUCAGAUGGAAUGAACCAGGAGGAAAAAGAGAUUUCUUUAAAAUUCAAUGGACCGAUGAUAAAACAAAUAGAAAUUCAACAACGAACACUUUCUAUAACAUCACUGAUCUGACUGCUGGAGUCAGUUACACAUUCUGCAUCACUGCUGUGGCAUCAGAUCAAUCAACAGAAGGAGAAACUGUCUGCAUCUCAAACUAUACCAAGCCAGAUGUAAUCUGGAAUCUCACAGUAAACAACAUCACAACAUCAUCUGUGUUUCUGACAUGGACUGAACCAGCUGGAAAUAGAUCUUUCUUUAAACUUAAAUGGACUGGUGAGAGAUUGGACUUGAACAGAAAUGCAACAGAAACUACUGACACUUCUUAUAACAUCACUGGUCUGACUGCUGGAGUCAAUUACACAUUCUGCAUCACUGCUGUGGCAGCAGACAAAUCAACAGAAGGAGAAACUGUCUGCAUCUCACAAUUCACUAGACCUAAUGUGGUCAGGAACCUCAGAGUGUCUGAAAUCACACCAUCAUCUGUGUUUCUGACAUGGGAUGAACCAGUUGGAAAUAGAUCUUUUUUUAAACUUAAUUGGACUGAUGAGAAAACAGCCAACCAUGUAACAACCAAUAACAUAUGGUAUAACAUCACUGAUCUGACUGCUGGAGCCAACUACACAUUUAUCAUCACAGCUGUUGCAGCAGAUCAAUCAACAGAAGGAGAAUCAGUGGUUACUUCAAACUAUACUAGGCCUGACGUCAUAAUGAACCUCACAGCUGAUGAUAUCACAACAUCCUCUGUCUUACUAAACUGGACUAAACCGAAUGGUCAAAGCUCCUGUUAUCGUGUAGAAUAUGAAGAUAUGAAUGUGAUUACUGAAAACACAUUCAUCAAAAUAAAUGAUCUGAUUCCUGGAGCACAGUACACUUUCAAAGUGUUUGCAGUUGCAGCUGAUCAUGUGACCGAGGGGAGAUCCAGUCUGAUUUCACUGUAUACCAAGCCAGAUGUUAUUAAGAAUCUCAUAGUGCAUGAUAUCACAACAUCAUCUGUGUUUCUGACAUGGAAUGAACUUCAUGGAAUUAGGUCUUCCUUUAAAGUUCAGUGGACUGAUGAUAAAACAAAUGAAAUUACUAACACUUCCUAUAACAUGACUGAUCUGACUGCUGGAGUCAGUUACACAUUCUGCAUCACUGCUGUGGCAGCAGAUCAAUCAACAGAAGGAGAAACUGUCUGCAUCUCACAAUUUACCAAGCCAGAGAAGAUCAGGAAUCUCAGAGUGACUAAUGUCACAAUAUCAUCUGUGUUUCUGACAUGGGAUGAACCAGCUGGAAAUAGAGAUUUUUUUAGAAUUCAAUGGACUGAGAAAAGGACAUAUUUAACAACUUCUAACACUUCCUAUAACAUCACUGAUCUGACUGCUGGAGUCAGUUACACAUUCUGCAUCACUGCUGUGGCAGCAGAUCAAUCAACAGAAGGAGAAAAUGUCUGCAUCUCACAAUAUACAGAAUCCCCUGACGCCCCUAAUACUUGGCUGAUUGUUGGUGUAGUUUUAGCAGUGAUCUGUUUACUCUUCAUCAUCAUUCUGAUUUUCUUCUUCUAUUCAAGAAGACGAACAAAGGAACAAUAUCCUGACAUCCCUUUACACAUUUUUAGCAAUACUGCUAUGAGAAUAGAAGACUAUGAAGAGUACUUCAAGUGGAAACAUGCAGAUGGUUUUGCUGAAGACUAUGAGGAGUUGAAGUCUGUUGGAACAGCACAGUCAAAGAAUGCAUCCCUGGCUAUUGAAAACAAGGGGAAGAACCGUGAAAGCAAUGUGUUACCUUAUGAUUCUUCAAGAGUGAAGUUAUCAGUAUGUGGCAGCCCCUUUGAUGAUUACAUCAAUGCCAGCUAUGUCCCAGGCUACAAGUCAAGAGAAGAGUUUAUAGCUGCUCAGUGUCCAUUGCCCGCCACAAUGGAUGAAUUCUGGAGAAUGAUCUGGGAAAAAAACAUCUACACCAUAGUGAUGCUGACCAAAUGCAAUGAGCAGGUACUGAAAUGUGAAAAGUACUGGCCAUCUGGCACUAAUAAUUAUCAUGAUAUCUCUGUGACGACCACCUCAGAGGCAGAACUGGAAAGUUGGACCAUAAGAGACUUCGGAAUAAAAAAUGUGAAAACAGCAGAAACUCGUAACAUAUGCCAGUUCCACUUCACGGCGUGGCCGGAUCACGGAGUUCCACAGGCCACUGAAGUCCUCAUUGAUUUCAGAUGCCUGGUGAGAAAACACAUGAAUCAGUACUCACGCCACUCCCCAACUGUGGUGCAUUGCAGUUCUGGUGUGGCAACAGGGGUCUUCAUUGCCAUUGAUCACCUGAUCUUCCAGAUUGAAAGAGACAGUAUGGUGGAUGUGUACGGAAUUGUUACUGAUAUGCAAAUGCACAGGCCUCUCAUGCUGCAGACUGAGGAGCAAUAUUCUUACCUCCACCAGUGUGUGUAUGAGAUCAUUCGAUCAAGGACUGGAACCAACUUGGGCUUAAUUUACCAGAACACAGCAGCACACCAGACCUAUGAGAAUACAAAAUAUCUUAAACAAUAAAAUAGCCUUUGUCAAAUUAUAAAACAGAUUUAAGAUUAUAUAAAGCACAUUUUUAAACUUUAUUUUAAAAUAAUGCAUACUUUACAUGUAGUUUUAUUUCAAUCAAGAGAUUUUCUUUUCUUCUUUCAUUUUUAUUUAUUUUAUUUUACUUUACUUUUCCAAAGGUUAUACUUGUAUAAUUUGACAUCACUGUAACCCCUGUAUUUUAUAAAACAUUUAUCACUUAACAUGUUAUUUAAAAGGUACAGUUUUAUGAUUAUUUUCAACAUUCUUUGCUGGCAAUUAGUAUUUGUUUGGGAUUUGCAAUUUGUAUACUUAAUGUUGCACCAAAUAUUAGCACAGCUGUGACUACCUGCACUCUUACUUGAUAUUGCUUAAAUAUAUUCUAUAAAGCACUAUUCAUUCCA